AUGAAGCCCAAAACUCUCCAGCGAGUCUGGAGAGAAAUCAAAGAAGCCAAUGCGGAUUUCUUUAAUCUGCGGACUGUGAUAUCUCCGGAUCCUGACGACGAUGCUACACGCUUUUACUUUAUCAUGAUGCCGAACGACGGGGCCAUGGCUCACCUCACCUUGGUUGGCACCUUCUACAUUUCCGAGGGAUACCCGGAGACUCCGCCAAUUGUGCAACUGUACACACCUACGGGACGGUACAAUGUGGAUGCUUACAGGUCUUAUCUUGACCGGGAGGACAAAAGAUCCAGCACAAUGUGUUUCGAUAUUCUUCGUUCAGAAGCUCAAGGCGGGACCUGGAAGCCACAGUACACUCUCAGCUCACUUUUCGCCUCGCUGAUGUCUGCGAUCGUCUCCUUCUAUGUUGCACAGCAAUUUGGGAACGAUAGACCCGAAUACGUAUCUAUGGAAAAUCUCCGCAAGGUCAAAGAAUCGGUCACCAGGACUUAUAAGCGAUACAAGGAUCGAUUGCCAGAUGUACCCCGAAUCCCUUUGGUCGAAGCAACCACAGUACCUGCUACAUGCCUUUUCUCUCCUCGAAAAAUCGUAGCCGGCAGUCCUGAAAUUAUCACAUCAGAGCCAAUAUACCUGCAGACCGAAUCUCAAGAGGUGCAUUCAUUUGCCGUUGACCUAUCCAGUUUACAUCCAGGAAUUGUGUUCUCGGUCAUCCUGAGCAACUGCAAAACCGACUUGUUGGGCAAGAAAUCUGGAACAAUCCUCGUACGGAAUGGAGUUACAGCAACUGCAGCACGCAAACUUGCCAACGGCACAACCAGAUGGUUUUAUCACGGGAAGCCGAUGAAUGACGGAGACAUGCGUUUGCAUGUGACGAUUGGUAGGGAACAGAUGACUUUUGCCUAUUACGAAGAUGGUCAUCUAUAUGUUCAUGGGGAUAGUCCGGUAUCGCGCUUAUCUGCGGACCAUAUUGGCGACGUGAGAGGGAUCCCCUUUUAUGUGCACAUUUACACCAAAGACAAGACGGCGAAGGAGCCAGUCACGAUAGACGUGCUUGACAUUGGUGGGAAAGGCUAUGUGCAUGAGUCAGUGAGCGAGGACGAGCGUAAUGAUUUCGGGUUCGAGCUCAUACAAUCUUCAGAGGCUGAAGAAAUCCCUGAGCAUGUUGGAAAGCCAGACGCGGAGGAGCAUGGAUUGGAUGAUGGAAUGAUGAAAGAGUUUUCAGGAUUGGUGCUUGAAUAG